CGCCUUCCAUCUCAGCGAACUCGCAAUGUCUGCCUCAAGGCUUGGCAGACUUGGGAGCGAUGGCGAGGUGCUGAGAUGUCCGGCCUAUUGAGAUGUCCGGCCCACGCUCCUGAUCCGAUUGUCCGCCGCCGCCGUAUCAGCAUCAGUCCUGAGCCCUGAUCUUCGUCGCACAUGACAGAAGAAAUGGAUGGUAUACCAUAAUGCAAACCCCCGUUUGCGCAUCUGCCACGAAUACCCGCGGUGACACUUGAGCCCUCCGACGAUGAGAAACACGCUCACGAACACUCCCGCGCAGGCCAACUGCAUGUGCCCGAUCCGGGGUCCACACAUGCUGCUCAGCUUGACAUUCAAAAUUAAGAUUUCCGUCGAUCCCUACCCGGAGAGGCUUUCCGUGGCACAUUCCAUUGAACGAUGGUUGGCGAUGUUUUCUGUCGCUGUCAUGGGUGAGUCGGAGUGAGUGACGGCGAGCGGUGAGUUUGGGACCGCCCUGGGAGAUUCUAGCACGUAGAUCCUAUGACGAUCGUCCCCCCGGCUGCGUCUGUUCCUUGUGCGCGAGGCUAGUAUGCGAUCAUCAAAUAUCAUGUCAUCUCGCAUGCGCCUGUUACACUGAAUACUGAUCAUCCCAGUCUCGCACUGCACCUGCCACAAAUCCGGAGAGCUCCAUUGGAGUCGAUGGAGCUUGAAUCCUAACCGAUAUUAUUCUUACAGCCUCAACAUACCCAAGGCUGUGUUGGCGAAAAUGAAUUCGGAAUUGAUACGUGUUGAUUGCAUCUGUAAACUCGCUGGCACGUGCCUGGCCCUUGCGGCUCCGAAACUGGACUGGAAUCUCUGCACACACAGGUCUUGAUCCUAAGAAGACACGGAACUAUCUAAAGCUCGCUGAACUUGAUGAACAGAAGCAGAGAGUUAAAUGCGUCACCGGCAAAUAAGCGACAAAGCGACACAUUGGCAAACCCCUUUCAGCGGCUGUGCUCCGUUUUGGGCUGGAGGAUGAGAUGGCGCGUCAUGAUGAGUCGAAAUUACUCGUCGAGCUCCGUUCCGUUAUCGUCAAUUCCGUAGCGUGACUCAAUCCUCUUCUCGCCGCUUGGGACCUUUCGUUCGCCGAGCGACGGACAUAACAAGCCUGCACAGCGAGUUUACGGUGCAUUCGAUCUGGUCAUCAGUGAUCAGCGCUGACUGGCAUUCGAACGGAUUGAGUGGAAACUCUCCAACGCCAUCAGCCAUCAACGUAUUUGACAGCCAGCCAGGUGACAGGUGCAUUAGGCUGUCUCGCGUUCGCUAUCCCUCACAGGAUAUCUCGUUGAGUGCCAGCCCGGGAUAGAUAUUCCCAGUCAUCUCCGCUUCCGUUACGUUCCGCUGCGUAGUAUAUGAGCGAUGGAGCGCGAGGUGGAUUGGCAUCGCAGACCUCCUCGACUUGAGGCCUUCUCAACAUAAGCAUCCCAUUCCUCGACGCUCCAACCAAGUAUGAGCUGGGACAACGGCUAUUCGCAGGUACCGAUCUCCAACUGGAGCUCACUCACGGGCGCGGUUCCACCUUAUUCGUCUCUCCCAUCGUCUGGAUAUAACCAGAUGCCGCCCUCCGCCUAUCCAAACGCGCAGGCCCACUGCGGCUACCCGCAGACCGCAUACAACCCUGCAGUCCCGCACGGCUACGCAGACGCAGCACCCGGCUACGGAUCCGGCCAUCCCGGCGGCCCGCCACCCGCACCCUCCGGCGGCGGCGGCGCGACCCGCCAAUGCCAGCACUGCGGCGCCACCAGCACCCCGCUCUGGCGGCGCGACCCGCAGACGCACGCGACGCUCUGCAACGCGUGCGGGCUGUACCUCCAGCAGCGCCACGCGCCGCGCCCCGCGGAGGUCAUCGACGCGGGCGAGAUGGACCUCUCGGACGACGACGGGAACGAGUGCGCGCACUGCCACACGCGCAAGACGAGCGUCUGGCGCCGCAAUAAGCGCGGAGACUUGGUGUGCAAUGCGUGUGGCGUAUAUGAGCGGCACCACGGGGUCCCCCGCCCGGUUGAGCUUAUGGGCGGCAAAAUCAAGCGCCGCGUUAAGAACCCGCUUUCUUGA